AUGAUCUGUUUGCAGGAGUCAGUAAGCAGGUGUGUUCUCGGAAACCGACCUAACUCUGAAAUCGGAGACGGAACCGUUGAAGGAGGACAAUGCAGCUCCGAAAUCGGCGGCGGCGGCGGCAAAGGGGGGCUGCUUGAAGCUUCUCCCGACGACGGAUUCGAGAAGAUACUCCUGAAAUCCAUCCUAGAAGACGACAAGGCCCAGCUCAAAUCUCUGUGGUUGCCGUUUACGACGUCGUCGGAGAGGAUGAAGUUGGACAGCAGAAACGCCGUCGUCGCUGCGGCGCUCGUCAAGAGAGACCGGGCCGUGCUCUCGAAGCUUCUCCACAUGUGUUGCAUCUUCGACGCCGUGGAGUGCGCGACUGCGGUGGUGGACGGCGAGUUCGGAGCGGUGGCGCCGCUGGUGAAUGAUGUGGAUGCCGAGAUAGGGAUGUCGGCGCUGCACAAGGCGGUGGCUGCGAAGGCGGCGCGUUGCAUCGAGAUGCUGCUGCGGCGACGCGCGCGUACGGACCAGAAGACCAGAGAUGGGCGCAGACUGAUCGCUGUGGAGCUGUCCCUUUUGAGAAUAAGAACUGAGGUGAUUUGGAAACCAGACGAACACUCCGUUGAAGAUCUGGUGGUUCAGCUCAGUGGAAAGGAUUUGACAUCCGUGACACUUUUGUGUGAAAAGACCAAGGAGAUGAACGAUGUGGUUUACAAAAGUGCGGUUGGAGGACAUGUAGUUGAUUUAGCCAUCUUGUUAGCGGUUGCUCCCGAGAGGGUAAACAAAUUAAUUUUUAUCGAUUCAGUGACAAAAGAAAAGGCGACGAUAUACGAGUGUGUUGUCAAGGAAGCUGUGACAACACUUGGACAACUAGCAGGAACAACAAAGUCUUUGAUAGCUUCUGAACCUGGUUGUGCUCUGACCAACGAGGAGUUGGGAGAGAAGAGGAAACUCCUCCUCUGCAUAAUCAAGUUGCUACAAUUAUUUGGUGUGACCGGUGAGAAUGAAAAGAACUCUAACGACAAGAAGAGGAUUCCAUCGCUGAUAAGAGCGGCAAAGGCAGGAGAUGAAGACGUAAUUGAUCUACUUUUGAAGACUAACAUGGACGUAAAUGUUACUGAUGUCCACGGGAACUCUGCUCUACUCUGGUGCCUCAGAACUUGCAAGGGAACUUGUCCUCCCCGAAUGAAGAUAAUGAGACUACUACUUGAACAUGGAGCCCGGUCAAAUCAAAAGAACAUGUUGGGCCUCACUGCGGCGCACAUUGCAGCUGAAAAUGGUAUUUCCCAAGCAAUACAGAUACUUGUACUGAAUGACCCAAGUUGCAUCACCACAAAGACAGAAAUGAAGGAGACUCCAUUGUAUUUUGCUGUCAAGAACGACCAUAAAGAAUGCGUGGAGCUUCUUUUGAGCUGCGGGGCAAGCACUAGUGUCAUGAAUUUGCGGAAACAAAGACCCAUAGACUUGGCGAAGUCACAAGACAUGCGCUUCCUGCUGAAUCAGACAAGUAUUACCUCGAAAAAUCGUUCUUUUCCCGUUCAACAUAAACCCAACGCUCAGUUGCACGGCGGCCAGCCAACAUCCCCAACUUGGGAAGACCUUAUGACCUCCUUCAGUGAAGACAGGGCUACCAAUAGUAACACAGAGUCGCCUACAACAACCGAGACCUGUAAAUAUUAUGGCUCUCCAAGUGGAUGUGCGAGAGGAGGGAAAUGCUUUUAUCUCCAUGACGAGGAGUCUCCCCGGACUAAGGCUUCAGAUGGUGAUUUGUCCAGGAUUGAUUCCCUUGCAAGAUGGAAUCAUGUGAGAAGAAUCUUUGUCGGAGGCCUCCAUCCUUCGGUGGAUUCUGCGUUACUGCAGAAAACAUGUGAAGAGAAAUUCGGUCCAGUGGAGGAUGCAGUGAUUAUAGGGGCUCGAAAUGGUGACAGGGCUACUCACUCUAGAGGAUUUGGGUUCGUGAACUUUAAGGACAAGAAAUCUGUAACGGCAGCUCUGAAAGAACAUCAUGUGACCAUAAUGGGGAAGCAAGCUGAGAUCAAAGGGGCUGUUCCCAAAUACUUGUUACUAGCUGAUCAGUUCCAGCGUCAUCAACAUCUGCAGCAGAGGGAUAAUCAGGUCCAUGCAGAAGUAGAAAAACCUGAAGAAGAUAGUGCACAGAAUAGGCCCACCACAGGUAACAGCGAAGGGAAUGAAGAUAGAGUUCUCAGUAAUGCCAAAGAAGAAAAUAAACUCGAGCUGAAAUCUUGGGUUGAUAUUGUCUGCCAUGAUCAACCACAACAAGAGCAACUACGACCAGUAAUAGUCUCCGAUAGUACUUCUCAGUCGCAAGAAGAAAGCAUGCCACGGUGGCUUGCAGUGUUCAGAAAGUGGUUCCCAGGCUUCUUACGGAGGGUCUCAUCAUCCAGAGCAGAGGUAUAUGCGCUGUCUUCUUUGAAAGCUGAUUUCAGGGCUGAAUUUGGGCUAGAGUUGGACCAUCACUCUCUUGGCUUCUCAAAGCUUAGCGACUUCGUCAGAUCAAUACCUGACCUUUGCUUCCCCAAGUACUUGCCUAAUGCUAAUCACAUGAUUCUAGUGCCUGCUCGCCCUAAGCCACGUCGUCCUCGAUCACCACCACAACCAUCUCUCCCAACUCCCACCUCCACGUCAUACAGUAAUGCGCCAGUAGCGCAUAAUGACACUCACCAUGAUGGCAAGUCCUCUGUUGAGGACCAUGAACUGGAGGUUUCUUCACAGGAUAAUGAACCAACAGAUAGUCAUGUCGAGGCCUCAAAGAAUGUUGACAACGUGAGUCUGCAGAGUCAGGGUGAUUCAACUUCUGGGCUUGUCACGCCUCAUGAAUUCCCAAAGCCAGAGAAGGCUAAGCAUGUAGGGGAGCACAUGGUUUUGGAGCUCAUUGCCCGGGAGAAGAACCGCCAUCACCAAUCAACACUCUUCCUCCGUGAAUUUGACUUCUAUGAAAAGUACAAAGUAAGCGUGAGAGAAGGGCAGUGCUUCCGUUGCAAUCUGCGGCGGACGUUGUGGGCCAACUUCCCAUGCCGGCACUUGGUCUGGUGCGUGGAAUGCAAGGCAAAGGUGAUUGAUGCAGUGGGGAGUUUCAACCACAAAUGUGUCGUGUGUGAUUACAGGGUAGAGAAUAUAGACUUGAUCUUAGACCAAAACCAGAGAGAGGUGCAUGCUCCCUACGCAUGGCGUUUACAAAAGUAA